CUACUGGGCACGGUAGAUCUUCCCUGCCACCUCCUGUUAGGCUUUGUCUACCAGUCAACAGAGAAACCCCGACAGGCAACAGCGGCGAUGGCAACACCUCCAUGGAACGGUUCGCCAGCCCCACCCAAAACCCUCCGCAUCCGGUUCGACUUCGCGCCGCCCAUAGAACGCCGACUCACCGAGUUCCUGCUUCGGCGUGACUUGGGUUCGUCACCAAACCUCUUACGCAACUGCUACCUCUUUGUCAAUGUGGAACCCGUCUGGCGAGUGAGAAGCAGGGGUCACACGACUACAGAGGUGGGCGCCAAGGACCUGCUACCGGCUCCGUCGAUAACUUUCCUCACUUAA